AUGCGCUCAAAGCCCUCGUCUUCCAUGCAGAAGACGUACGAUGAAUGCUACUUGAUGUGCUCUACGGCCGUGUAUUUCGAAGGACAGAAUAAUGAGUCUGAGGCCCUUCGCUCAUGGCGCUCCGCUCUCGAAACUAUAUACUAUCACAACGCAUACCGCGUGCCUCCGAAUUACGCUCCCAGAUCCGAAACAGAAAAGGCUCUCCAGGAGUCUCUCCGACAGUUGGAAUUGCAAUGCAAGGAACGAGUGGAUUUACUAGAGGCCCUGCAAGAAAGCAGAAAAGAAGCCUCUACAACGGAGGAGGGCAAUGUCCUGAGUAAUGACGAGAAAGAGCCUUCGAAGCAGACUUCACGACCACUCAAGUUGGAAAAGGGCAAGCGCCCGUCAAACAGCCAUAGCGCCAACAGUAAUAAUAACCCGCCCGGUUGGAUUGGCGAUGGUACCAUACCGGCAGUCGACUACAUGGACUUGUCGAAACCCCCAUCUCUCCCCGUGAGACCAUCCGCCGCAGUGUCGCCGGGCGUGGCAGUCACCCCGCCGCCUAUGUCUCUCGAGCGAAAGCACAGUUAUCGAGAGGCCGCCGCACCUUCAGCAUCUCCGCACAAACUUUCGCCUUCCCCGGUUCCAGCUGCAUCUACACCCGGCGGUACACCUCUUACUCAAUCGUCUUCUCGUGGGUCGAGCCCCGAGAGAAGAAAAAUCAUGCUUACGACACUCCGCCAGAAGGACUCCAAAAAGCCUAAAUACAAGACUUCUUCCAGCAGAACUCGUCCAGCAGCAUCAAAAGCAGCCGGCCUAGCCUGGGGGAUCAGACCAAAACAACAACAACAACAACAACAACAACAACAAGCAGCAGCACCUACGGAGGGAAGCUCCGCAAGCCACCCUGCCUACAAUAAUCUUUCUAGUGAUUCUGACGUACGCAAGGACAGCGAAACGAAAUAUGGACGGUCUAGCGAGGAAUCAACACGGAAGACCGGUCAGCAGAGGUCUAUUCCGUCGUCUUCCGAUUACAUUCCGAGUUCAAGCUGGCGAGAACCUCAAUUUCCUGAUUAUCAGUACCAGCCAAAUUCCUCACAAUUAGAUACAGCUGCGGCGGCGGCGGCUUCCAAAAAAUUGCUAGCAGCCAGCGAUCAAUUGCCCAGAAAACCAGUCAAGCCCCUGCCUCCCCCGAAAUAUCCAGUUUACCGUAAAGAAUAUCUUUCAAAUCCCGUCUCCGUUGCUGAGAGGAGUCUCAGAACGCCGCCACUCAACAGAUCGUCGUCGGCGACGCAAACGCCCAUAAAAUCAUCAUCUCCAGUAGCAGGAGAAAGUUCAAAUCAACCUGUGAAGAGAACAAUUCCCAAGUCACACUCAACGCCGCGCACGCUGAGCGCUGCAGGAGCAAACAGAGCUUCAGUCUCGUCCAUAAGCGGGGAUGAGCCCACACGCCCACGCAAGCCCGAUGCAGGUUUUGACGGUGCGUCUAACAACACUACUGGUAGUGCUACUUCUGCUGGACGGAAGAGUAGGCCUCCCGUACCGAAACGCAAGCCUAGAAUCACGCCUCCAUCGAGUGAUCAAGAUUCCGGCGAAGAGAGUUCAUCGGGGCCGGAGGAAGACCGGGAUUUGCGAGAUAUCAUGAAAAAGCUGCCAAGGGGUAUUGAUGUCAACGCGGCUCGACAGAUCCUGAAUGAUAUAGUUGUCAGAGGCGACGAGGUUCAUUGGGAUGAUGUUGCAGGGCUCGAAACGGCUAAGAAGGCGCUGAAAGAGGCUGUAGUAUAUCCAUUUUUGCGACCGGACCUUUUCAUGGGUCUUCGAGAGCCUGCCAGGGGCAUGUUGCUGUUUGGACCACCAGGUACGGGGAAGACGAUGCUGGCUCGCGCGGUAGCAACGGAGUCUAAAUCGACAUUCUUCUCCGUGUCAGCCUCGACGCUGACGUCGAAAUGGCACGGAGAGAGCGAGAAGCUUGUCCGAGCUUUGUUCGGACUUGCAAAGGCAUUGGCGCCUUCGAUCAUCUUUGUAGACGAGAUUGAUUCCUUAUUGUCGACACGAUCGUCAGGAUCGGAACACGAGGCGUCGCGCCGGUCGAAAACGGAGUUUCUGAUACAGUGGUCUGAUCUGCAGCGGGCAGCCGCUGGACGAGAUCAGAACGAGAAGAAAGAUGGCAGUGGUGAUGCUAGCCGUGUGCUAGUUCUAGCAGCGACUAAUCUGCCGUGGGAUAUAGACGAGGCAGCGCGACGGCGGUUUGUGCGUCGACAGUACAUCCCACUGCCAGAGGAUCACGUUCGGGCGCAGCAAUUGCGCCGACUACUCAGCCAUCAAACACAUGAAAUGUCGAAUGAGGAUAUUGAAGUCCUCGUCAAAGUUACCGAGGGCUUCUCAGGCUCCGAUAUCACCGCGCUGGCUAAAGACGCGGCAAUGGGCCCACUGCGCAAUCUGGGUGAGGCAUUGCUGCAUACGCCGAUGGACCAGAUUCGGCCGAUUCGCUUCGAGGAUUUUGAGGCCAGUCUGUAUACUAUCCGGCCGAGUGUGGGCAAGGAUGGACUGAAACGAUACGAGGAUUGGGCGAAGGAGUAUGGUGAAAGGGGUGGAUGA